AUGCAUCAAUUGCCUUCAGAAAUUCUAUUGCUCAUUUUCCGAUAUGUAAAGUUGGAUGGGAAGGAACAUGAGCAAAUAAUGAGGGAUGUUCUUUCCUUACAAACAAUAUGUGCUACUACAUAUCGAUCCAAUCAAAUUUCCAAUUAUUUUGAACCAUUUUGGUGGAAUAAUAUUAAGAGAAUUUCGGGAAUGUUGUAUGAGAGUGAGCAAUUAUUGGAUUUUAAACAAGAAUUAAUUGAAAAGAAUAUGUUACGGAGAUGUGCAUUGAUGUUGUUUCAUUCUUCUGGAAGGAAAAUGUGCCUUAAUAAUGAUAAUCAUCAUAAACAUCAUCACCAGAAAGAGGAAAAUCAUGAAAUGACAAUUAUUGUUUGUGGUGAUGGGGAUAGUGGAAGAAAAGCAUUGAUUUAUCAAUUUGUGGAUGGUCAUUUUCCUCAAUAUUAUCCUAGGAUUGAGGAUUCUUUUAGAAAGGAUAUUAAUCUCUAUGGAGCUAAUGUUGUAUUGAAUAUUCUCUAUAUGGCUGGAGGUGAUGAUUAUAAAGCUAUUAGACAAAUGGCAUUUAAAUCAGCCCAAUGUUUCAUAAUAAUGAGUGAUAUCAAUAAUUUGGAAUCUGUUAGAAAUAUUGAAAAUUAUUUGAAGGAUCUGAUGGAAGGAAAUGUAGAUUUGAAAAUGUUUCCAAUAAUAUUCACUCUCAAUAAGAUUGACAAAUUAAAUGACAAAUAUCAGGAAGAUGAAGCUUUGAAAAUAUUGAACGAAUUGAUUGAAAAGUAUCAGGUCAGCUAUGGCAAUAUUGUAAAAACAAGUGCAAUUAAUAAUAUUAAUGUUGACACACUUUUCAGAGACACGGCAAAUUUACAUUUCACCCCAAAGAGAAGUAUUGAAGAUUUGAAAAAGUACAUUAAGGACAAUGAAGAGUAUCAUAAACAUAAAAAGUGUACAUUAAUGUAA